AUGGGCUCUUGGAAUAGAGUCACCAUUGAUUCCAUGCCGACUACUACGCACAAAGAGGUUGGUAUUACUGCGAGCCAGGAUAGCGGGUCUACUUCUCUGUCCUUGAGAAGUAAAAACGAACCAUCUAUCCAUGACCUCGCUAUGGAGAUCGGGAGCUCAGCAGUCAAACCGCCUUCUAUAUGGUACAAAUUCAGGGCCUACGGUCGUGAUGCAUUCUCCGAGUUCUUUGGCACUAUGAUCUUGAUUCUGUUCGGUGACGGCGUCGUUGCGCAAGUCCUCCUCAGUCAUGGCCAAAAGGGAGACUAUCAAUCAAUAUCUUGGGGAUGGGGUCUAGGUGUCAUGCUUGGAGUAUACGUUAGCGGAGCCUCAGGAGCCCAUAUCAACCCAGCCGUCACGUUCGCCAACUGCGUCUUUCGUAAAUUUCCAUGGCGCAAACUUCCUGUUUAUGCUAUAUCUCAAUUACUUGGCGCUAUGUGUGGUGCAGCAAUUGUUUACGGCAACUAUAAAUCGGCCAUCGAUGUCUUCGAGGGAGGGCCCAAUAUUCGUACCGUGCCGGGGUACUCAGACACAGCAACAGCGGGGAUCUUCUGCACUUACCCUGCCGAUUUCAUGACCAAAACUGGGCAAUUCUUCUCCGAGUUUAUUGCUAGCGCUAUCUUGAUGUUCAUGAUCUUUGCACUCAAAGAUGACGGGAAUAUGGGGGCGGGACCACUAACCCCCCCUCGCGCUCUUCUUUGUUAUUUUCGGAAUCGGCGCUUGUUUUGGCUGGGAAACAGGAUACGCUAUAAACCUUGCCCGGGACUUUGGGCCUAG